AUGGCAGGACGUUACGAUCGCAACCCUUUCGAUGAAGAAGAAGAAGUUAAUCCAUUUGCUGAAGCAGGGGCUAAGGGGAAAGCGACAGGGCAAUCAAGGUUUGGUGGAGGUUCCUUUUUUACGUCGAAUUCUGGGAGUGUUCCUCCUGCCACAAACUCAAGGCUUUCUCCUCUUCCUCCAGAACCUGCUGAUUUCUACAAUCCAACUGCCUCAGUUGAUAUUCCUCUUGAUAGCGCUGCGGAUUUAAAAAAGAAAGAGAGAGAGCUGCAGGCAAAGGAAGCCGAAUUGAGAAAAAGAGAACAGGAUGUAAAGCGGAAAGAAGAGGCUGCUGCACGAGCUGGUAUUGUUCUUGAAGAGAAAAACUGGCCACCAUUUUUUCCUAUUAUCCACCACGAUAUCGCAAAUGAAAUACCAAUUCAUCUACAGAAGAUGCAGUAUGUUGCAUUCACAACCUUCUUGGGAAUUGUAGCAUGUCUUCUAUGGAAUGUCAUAGCUGUAACCACUGCGUGGAUUAAAGAGGGAGAUCCAAAGAUUUGGUUUCUGGCAAUUAUCUACUUCAUAGCAGGGGUUCCAGGAGCCUAUGUGUUGUGGUAUCGUCCACUCUAUCGUGCUUUUAGGACUGAAAGUGCUAUGAAGUAUGGGUGGUUUUUCCUGUUUUACUUGCUUCACAUUGCCUUCUGUAUAUUUUCCGCGGUUGCUCCUCCUGUGGUGUUCAAAGGAAAAUCUCUGGCGGGUAUACUUCCUGCCGUUGAUCUCAUUGGCAAGCAAGUACUAGUCGGGGUUUUCUAUUUCAUUGGCUUUGGACUCUUCUGCCUCGAGUCGGUGCUCAGCAUCUGGGUUAUUCAGCAAGUCUACAUGUACUUCCGAGGCAGUGGCAAAGCUGCAGAGAUGAAGCGGGAGGCUGCUAGGGGAGCCAUGAGAGCAGCAAUUUAA